AUGAGUGUACUGCAGCCCGCUCUGUUCUUUCUGUCUUUGCCGGAUCUCCAGUCUCUGUGCUGCGUCACUCUGUCUUUAGACGACAAUUAUGACGAACCCAGAACCAAGCAGAUCUCCACCUGCAGGGAGCUGGUUCUUCUUUUCUCCGACGUCUUGGCUUCUCCAGGACUGGACUCAUUUACAGAGAUCACUGCAGUUAUGGCUGUCCAGGUCUUUCAGUCCGGAGUUCUGGAGAGCUUCAUUCAGAGACACAGCCUUCAGAUCAACGCUCCUCAGCCAGUUCUCCCUGGGAUCCUUCAGGCCUGUUUCUCCUUCUCCCUCAUCUCCAGACUCUCACCAAAGUGGAACAAGGCCGGACUCUACCUGAUCCAUGGGCGGGGGUUUCUGUCAGAGAGCGGGCGCCUCAAAGCUGUCAGUCUGGAGUUCAGCAUUGGUGGUGGACAGCUGUGCCUCAGUGUGCUGCCCUCUGCUGUCAGACUGCCCCCAGUGCAGCUGCAGGACUUCAGCCUCAGUCCUGUGGUUCUGAGAAGGUUCAGCUCCGACACGGACACAGUGAUACACCCUCAGCAGCUGGGAGGAGGAGGAGGGGUCUGGUGCUACGUCCUUCCCAGUAUGAAGAAAGGACAGAUCAUCACAGUGACCCGCAAACUCCCACCAGGAGGCCCCUUCAGGGAUUAUAGAGAGCUGCAGAGCCACUGGAACAGACUGUACGGAUACAUGCUCCCGGAUCAAGACGAGGAUCAGGUGGUUUACUGCAGCGUCUUCUUCAGACUCGUGGGAGAAAGACUCUUCACGUAUCCUCUUUGCUGCAUUCGUCUGUCUCCGGUGCAGCGCUGUCCCCGCGUCGACCUGCAGGCGGCGAUCUCCUGCUUCAUGGUCGACCUCAGAGAAACGCUCCCCUCAGUUUGUGGUUUCCCUACUAGGAUCUCCACGACACCACGCUUCACCACCACAGCACUGUCCCCCCUUCCCCUCUGCUCAAACUCUCAGUUUGCCAACACACAGAUUCCUGGUGCUUUAAACCUGAGUGACAUCUCUACCUCCAGAGCCGUCCUAUCCCACCUCCCCCCUCCUCCUCCCAGGCCCCUGAGGCCUGUGUUCGGGUCUCAGCCUGCCCACCUGGGCCCUGUAUCCUUCAGCUGUGGUUCAUCCUUCUCGCAGCCUUCCUGCUCCUCUUUUUCCGACUUCUUCAAACCGGCGUCGACCGUGAACCCCUUUUUCACAGUCUUCCAGUCACCGCCAUCGUUGGAGUUUCUCUCAGUCGCAGAAAAACCCAAACUCGUGCCAGCCUUUCGAAGCGUGAAGCCGUCGCAGCUUGUGAAUGUGGCGCUGCUGAAGUCCCAGAAGCAGGGCCGCAUCACUCGUCCUGUGGCGGCGAACCACAGCAAGUCCCGGCAGCAAGCUCCGGCGGUCUACGCUCCGACCGUGAAGUCUGUGAACGUGAAGCACAUUCCCACCUUCAGCCCCAAGAACAAAGUGAAGCCAGCACUGGCCGUCGCUCCGGGCGUCGAUAAAGAGAAUAAAAAAAGUGUGGGAAACACUGUGGUGAAGUUCAACCUGGAGAAGUCGAGGAAGUCUUCUGCUCUAAAGAAAACGGCAGAAGGCGUUUUGAAGACUAAAUCUGCGCUGAAAGUCCAAGCAGGAGCAGAGAAAACCUCCACCACACUGACCCAGGCGGGAGUAAAGAAAAACUGUGGAGGAAAGAAAAACCCUGGCCAGGCACUGAAGGAGGUGGACGUGGAGCAGAUGGCCCGCAGCAACCAGCUCUCCUGUGUUCGCUCGGUGGUCCUCCUCCAGUGGCUCUCCUCUCGUGGGAUGAAGGUUCAAACUAAACUGCCCAAAGAUCAACUCAUGCUCAAAGUCAUGAGCUGUUUAGCAGAGAGCUGA